GUUAACUUUGUGUGAACAUACAUUUUACACGUAUCUAGUCGCCACAGUUUUGAAUAAAAGAACGUCACUUGAAAUUCUGGGGUGUUUAUCCAACAACAUUAAUGAUAUUACACAAAUAUCCACAGGUAACUUUUGCAUAUCUUUGAAUUUUCAAAAUGGCCCAAACUGCAGCCUCGACAUGUGAAAUAUGUACUGGUGGACCUGGAGAAUAUUAUUGUCAACAGUGUGAUCAAUUAUUUUGCGGAGGCUGUAAAUUAUCUCAUUUGCGCAUGAAAAUAAGUAAAAACCACACGUUUUUAAGUGGACCAAACAUCAACAAGGAAGAAAAACUAUUUUGUACAGAACAUGAAGAAAUUUUCUUUUUCUACUGUAAUGAUUGUGAUACUCCUGUGUGUAGAAUUUGCUCCGUAGAGAAACAUAGCCGCCAUUUGAUGACAGACCUUACUAAAUCUACUGAAAAACUGAAAUUCGAACUAGUCAAAAACAUCGAAUCAAAAGUAACAAUAUCAAAACUAAACCUUGACAAAAUUGAAAAAGAAACAAAAGCCUACAGUGAGGAAGUCAAAGCAGUCAUCAGAACCAUUACUGAAGAGGGUAAUUACUGGAAGAAAUUGAUCGAUCAAAAAGUAGAAGAUUUUGUUAAGAUAGUCCAUGAUAAGGAACAAAAAGCUGUACAAACUAUGUCUGCACUAACCAAAGUGUAUUGCGGAGUUUUCGAAAGCUGUCAAGAAUGGGGAAAGAAAAUUAAAGAAAUGGAACCAAUAGCAGAUGUACUUUUGUUAAAAAAAUUGAAGAAAAUUAAAACUGAUGUGGACAGCAUAGAAUUAAAGCAAGUUCCCGAAAGGUCUUCUGUGUCAUACAAAAACAAAAAGCCAUCAGGCACAGAAAUAGACAGCCUAUUUGGAGAUUUGCAGUUCAAGGAAGGUAAAGAGUUAAUGGAAAAAAAUGAAAAUCAACAAAAUACCAGGCGGCCACGAAAAAUGCAAAAGAUGUACAAAUACGUUUGUUUCAAUUGUGGAUAUAAGCCGGUUCUAACGAAUGAACCCAUUACAUCGAUGAAUGGUAAAGGUUUGUUUAUGGAGUGCAUAAACAGUUAUUGUUUCGGCUACAAGAAGUCAGUUUGGCAUGAUUUGAUAAAAGAUGCAUAAAACUCCAUCUCGAACCAAGGACGAGAGGAUGCCAUGUCUAUUGGAAAACAACAGUAAAGCUCAUCGUAUGAACCGUUUGCAUUUUAGAGACAAAAAAUAACAUUAAAUAGUUUUUCAAUUUACUGUACCAAAAGACCGUUUCAGCUUUUUAUCAUUGUCCAAUAAAACUCAUGUUUUUCACACAUAAAUAUAUAUUAUAUACUAGAUAUAAAAGACAACUUUUCUUAAAUAUUAUAAAGACA